GAGGAGUUGAUGUGUCUCAUUAUAACAGCCAAUGCAGCCGCCAUCCACGCACAAGCAAAGAAGCAUGUCCCAUUUAAAUACACCCACGCAGCCCCAGCGCCCUUAGCAGAGCAGGGCGCGCAGCCCACACGCACCGCGGCUCCGGGCUUGGAGAUCCGCGCAGGUUGGGCUCCCGGACGCGGCGGACCGAAGAAGAGCAGAGGAUAGGGAUCGGGUGCUGUGGGGCCGGGGUGGGCGGGGGAGGCUGGGCCCCGGGCCUCUGGCGCGACACCCGCAUGAGGACGCGAGUGAAAUAGACCAAGGUGGAAUUUCCAAGGGAGAAGCUUCAGGGUGGUUUUGGACCAUUUCUCCCGCGAAGAAGUAGACAUGGCGAGCGACUCUCCGGCUCGCAGCCUGGAUGAAAUCGAUCUCUCGGCUCUGAGGGACCCCGCAGGGAUCUUUGAAUUAGUGGAACUUGUUGGAAAUGGAACCUAUGGACAAGUUUAUAAGGGUCGUCAUGUUAAAACGGGCCAGCUUGCCGCCAUUAAAGUUAUGGACGUCACAGGGGAUGAAGAGGAGGAAAUCAAACAAGAAAUUAACAUGUUGAAGAAAUAUUCUCAUCACCGGAAUAUUGCUACUUACUAUGGUGCUUUUAUCAAAAAGAACCCACCAGGCAUGGAUGACCAACUUUGGUUGGUGAUGGAGUUUUGUGGUGCUGGCUCUGUCACUGACCUGAUCAAGAACACGAAAGGUAACACCUUGAAGGAGGAGUGGAUUGCAUACAUCUGCAGGGAGAUCUUACGAGGGCUGAGUCAUCUGCACCAGCAUAAAGUGAUUCAUCGAGAUAUUAAAGGGCAGAAUGUCUUGCUGACUGAGAAUGCAGAAGUUAAACUAGUGGACUUUGGUGUCAGUGCCCAGCUUGAUCGAACAGUGGGCAGGAGAAAUACCUUCAUCGGGACCCCUUACUGGAUGGCACCAGAAGUCAUUGCCUGCGACGAAAACCCUGAUGCCACAUAUGAUUUCAAGAGUGACCUGUGGUCGUUGGGAAUCACCGCUAUCGAGAUGGCAGAAGGUGCUCCCCCUCUCUGCGACAUGCAUCCCAUGAGAGCCCUCUUCCUCAUCCCCCGGAACCCAGCGCCUCGCCUGAAGUCGAAGAAGUGGUCAAAAAAAUUCCAGUCAUUUAUUGAGAGCUGCUUGGUAAAGAAUCACAGCCAGCGACCAGCAACAGAACAAUUGAUGAAGCAUCCAUUUAUACGAGACCAACCUAACGAACGACAGGUCCGCAUUCAACUCAAGGACCAUAUCGACAGAACAAAGAAGAAGCGAGGAGAGAAAGAUGAGACCGAGUACGAGUACAGCGGAAGUGAGGAAGAAGAGGAGGAGAAUGACUCAGGAGAGCCCAGCUCCAUCCUGAACCUGCCGGGGGAGUCCACGCUGCGGCGGGACUUCCUGAGGCUCCAGCUGGCCAACAAGGAGCGCUCGGAGGCCCUGCGACGGCAGCAGCUGGAGCAGCAGCAGCGGGAGAAUGAGGAGCACAAGCGGCAGCUGCUGGCUGAGCGCCAGAAGCGCAUAGAGGAGCAGAAGGAGCAGCGCCGGCGGCUGGAGGAGCAACAACGGCGGGAGAAGGAGCUACGGAAGCAGCAGGAGAGAGAGCAGCGCCGGCACUACGAGGAGCAGAUGCGCCGGGAGGAGGAGAGGAGGCGCGCGGAGCACGAGCAGCUGCUCUUCUCACCUAUUCAAGAAGUCAAACGCACAGCCCUUGGCAAUGCCCACUCGUUGAGCCUCGCUUCCUGCCCAGGCCAAAGUCCCCUGCACACCUUGAUCUUUGGGUUCUCCCGACCCUGGGUAUCUACUUUGAAGGAGUACAUCAGGCGACAGUUAGAGGAGGAGCAGAGACAGUUAGAGAUCUUGCAGCAGCAGCUACUGCAUGAACAAGCUCUACUUCUGGAAUAUAAGCGCAAACAAUUGGAAGAACAGAGACAAGCAGAAAGACUGCAGAGACAGCUAAAGCAAGAGAGAGACUACUUGGUGUCUCUCCAGCAUCAGCGGCAAGAGCAGAGGCCAGUGGAGAAGAAGCCACUGUACCAUUACAAAGAAGGGAUGAGUCCUAGUGAGAAACCAGCAUGGGCCAAGGAGGUGGAAGAGCGGUCAAGGCUCAACCGGCAGAGUUCUCCAGCCAUGCCUCACAAGGUUGCCAACAGAAUCUCUGACCCCAACCUUCCCCCGAGGUCGGAGUCCUUCAGUAUCAGUGGGGUUCAGCCUGCUCGAACACCACCCAUGCUCAGACCCGUCGAUCCCCAGAUUCCACAUCUGGUAGCAGUAAAAUCCCAGGGACCUGCCUUGACCGCCUCCCAGUCAGUGCACGAGCAGCCCACCAAGGGCCUCUCUGGGUUUCAGGAGGCUCUGAACGUGACCUCUCACCGCGUUGAGAUGCCACGCCAGAACUCGGAUCCCACCUCCGAAAACCCUCCUCUCCCCACUCGCAUUGAGAAGUUUGACCGAAGCUCUUGGUUACGACAGGAAGAAGACAUUCCACCAAAGGUGCCUCAAAGAACAACUUCUAUAUCCCCAGCGUUAGCCAGAAAGAAUUCUCCUGGAAAUGGUAGUGCUUUGGGACCCAGACUAGGAUCUCAACCCAUCAGAGCAAGCAACCCUGACCUCCGCAGAACUGAGCCCGUCUUGGAGAGCCCCUUGCAGAGGACCAGCAGUGGCAGUUCCUCCAGCUCCAGCACCCCUAGCUCCCAGCCUAGCUCCCAGGGAGGCUCGCAGCCUGGAUCGCAAGCGGGAUCCAGUGAACGGACCAGAGUUCGAGCCAACAGUAAGUCAGAAGGAUCUCCUGUGCUCCCCCACGAGCCUUCCAAGGUGAAGCCAGAAGAAUCCAGAGACAUUACCCGACCUAGUCGACCAGCUAGCUAUAAGAAAGCAAUAGAUGAGGAUCUGACGGCAUUAGCCAAAGAAUUACGAGAACUUCGGAUCGAAGAAACAAACCGCCCACUGAAGAAGGUGACUGAUUACUCCUCCUCCAGUGAGGAGUCGGAAAGUAGCGAUGAAGAGGAGGAAGAUGGAGAGAGUGAGACCCAUGAUGGGACAGUGGCUGUCAGUGACAUACCCAGACUCAUACCCACAGGAGCCCCGGGGAACACGGAGCAGUACAGUGUGGGAAUGGUCGGCACUCUCGGGCUGGAGACCUCUCACGCGGACACUUUCAGCAGCAGUAUUUCAAGAGAAGGAACCCUGAUGAUAAGAGAGACGUCUGGAGAGAAGAAGCGAUCUGGCCACAGUGACAGCAAUGGCUUCCCUGGCCACAUCAAUCUCCCAGACCUGGUGCAGCAGAGCCACUCCCCAGCCGGGACACCAACUGAGGGCCUGGGGCGCGUCUCCACCCAUUCCCAAGAGAUGGAAUCUGGGACUGAAUACGGCAUGGGGAGCAGCACUAAGGCCUCCUUCACCCCCUUUGUGGACCCCAGAGUGUACCAGACGUCUCCCACUGAUGAAGAGGAAGAGGACGAAGAAUCAUCAGCUGCGGGAACCCAGAGGUAUCCAGGGGCCCUGGGAAAAGCUGUUCCUCAGAGACCUCCAAACUUACCACAUACUUCUCAAAAACAUUUUCUGGCUCUGUUUACUAGCGAACUUCUUAGGCAAGAACAGGCCAAACUCAAUGAAGCACGAAAGAUUUCAGUGGUAAACGUAAACCCAACCAACAUUCGACCUCAUAGCGACACACCUGAAAUCAGAAAAUACAAGAAACGAUUCAACUCGGAGAUACUCUGUGCAGCUCUCUGGGGUGUGAACCUCCUGGUGGGAACAGAGAAUGGCCUGAUGCUUUUGGACCGAAGUGGGCAAGGCAAAGUCUAUAAUCUGAUCAAUCGGAGGCGAUUUCAGCAGAUGGACGUGUUGGAGGGACUGAAUGUCCUGGUGACGAUAUCAGGAAAGAAGAACAAACUACGAGUUUACUAUCUUUCAUGGUUAAGAAACAGAAUACUACACAACGACCCAGAAGUGGAAAAGAAACAAGGCUGGAUCACAGUUGGGGACUUGGAAGGCUGCAUACAUUACAAAGUUGUUAAAUAUGAAAGGAUUAAAUUCCUAGUGAUUGCCUUAAAGAAUGCUGUGGAAAUAUAUGCCUGGGCUCCUAAGCCGUAUCAUAAGUUCAUGGCAUUUAAGUCUUUUUCAGAUCUCCAGCACAAGCCACUGCUUGUUGAUCUCACAGUAGAAGAAGGCCAAAGAUUGAAGGUUAUUUUUGGUUCACACACUGGUUUUCAUGUAAUUGAUGUUGAUUCAGGAAAUUCUUAUGAUAUCUACAUACCAUCUCAUAUUCAGGGCAAUAUCACUCCUCAUGCCAUUGUCAUCUUGCCUAAAACAGAUGGAAUGGAAAUGCUUGUUUGCUAUGAGGAUGAGGGGGUGUAUGUAAACACCUAUGGCCGGAUAACUAAGGAUGUGGUGCUCCAAUGGGGAGAAAUGCCCACGUCCGUGGCCUACAUUCAUUCCAAUCAGAUAAUGGGCUGGGGCGAGAAAGCUAUUGAGAUCCGGUCAGUGGAAACAGGACAUUUGGAUGGAGUAUUUAUGCAUAAGCGAGCUCAAAGGUUAAAGUUUCUAUGUGAAAGAAAUGAUAAGGUAUUUUUUGCAUCCGUGCGAUCUGGAGGAAGUAGCCAAGUGUUUUUCAUGACCCUCAACAGAAAUUCCAUGAUGAACUGGUAACAGAAGAGCACUUGGCACUUAUCUUCAUGGCGUUGUUUCUAAUUAAAAAGAACAUAACUCAUGUGGACUUAUGCCAGUCUAGAGGCAGAAUCAGAAGGCUUGGUUGAACACACCGCUUUCCCCUUUUCUUCUCCCCCAACCCAUCCUAGUACAGUCCACAGUCCAUCUUUCAGUGUUGCAGCCUGGUUGAGAAGGAGAGAAAAAGGUGGCAGGAAUUUCCAGGAGAUCCCCAAGAAUGCUGCGUUGUUUGUGGACAAAGAUGGACCAUGUGCCCUUCGGAGUUAGGGAUAGAAACAAAUAUUGUGUGCUCUUAUGAUUAAGCUGUGUUUGGUGGGUUUUGAGUUUUGUUUUUGUUUUGUUUUUCUACCUUUUUUCUUUACCCCCUUACUUUGUAAGAAUGGGGAGAGAGUGCAUACUGAAAAGAUGAGUCUGUUUUUAAUUCUGUCUGCCUGCUAGCUAUAACUAUACAAUAUGUUGUAAAAUUUCCAAUUUCAAAUGGUGAGAGACAGCACAAUAAAUGUACCUUAUCUCCUUACACUGAAGGCCAUAAUUGCAUAGUGGGGUAAUUUUAGAACUCUUUUGCCUUCACCAACCCAAAGGUUGCUUUUUGAUAGCAACUGGCUAAUGAAUUUUUAAAAGAGAAGAAAAAUACUAGUUUUCCCCUCUUUGGGGAAAUAGAUUUUAAAUGGCUAAACUACUAGCCUUAGACUAAUAAAAUCAACUACCAUUUUUGUGAGUCUGACAGGCCCUAUUUUUAUAUGGCCCUGUGCAGAAUGAAAUGUGUUGAAUGGGAUAGUAGUGCCAUUGAGUUGAGUAGGCUCUAGCGAUUGAGGGACUCUGUAACACAACUUUCCCUCAGCUAUUAUGCAACAGAUCAGGGCAAAAGAUGGGAUGACUGACGGGGUUGGACAAAAAGAGCUCCUGGGAAACAAACUAAAAAAAAAAAAAAAUUUAUAUAUUAUAUCCGUAUAUAUAUAUAUACAUAAAUAAAUAAAUAAAUAUAUAUAUAUAUAUAUAUACACACACACACAUUCUUUUUUUAAUGCACAAAGCCUCUAGCUAAGAGGUCACUGGCUUUGGGCUUCAUUAGGAGUGAGACUGUUGAGUUCUUUCUGGGAAUUGGGGAGUGAAUGACAUCCAGACUCUGGUCAUUCCCAGCUUUCUCCUGAGGGUGCCACUUUCUCAAGAUGAAAACUGUGACUGAAAAAAUAAUAAUAAUAAAUGUUUCUGAGCUGCCUGUGUUCUCUCUGGGUUGGUGAGAGAAGGGACUAGACUACUAAGCCUGCCUGAGACACAGCAGGCAUCAUUGGUUCAGAGUUUAUAGAACUUAAAAGCAAAGCUUUGGCCAGAAUUCUGAGACCCUAAUCAUUUUCCCUUCCUCCAAAUUACCCAACAUACGGUAAACAACAUUUGUGCAGAGAUAUGUAUGUAUUUAGUUCAGGUUGACUUGUGUCCUUAUAAACUCUUACUCGGAUGAUUUUGAACUUUGACGUGACUGUCUGGGUUUUUUUUUUUCCAAAGCUACAAGCAUGGCCGCCUGUGGUAUCGAGGUGUUGCAAAACGAUAUGUGUUGCGCUUCCUGUUUUAACCUACCUCGUUUCGUUUGUUUUGUUUCACUGUUCAUCGCAGCAGUGUUAUCUCCAGGAGACAUAUAGAGAGCUCAACUGGCAAUCUCAGGUGUAUUUCAUACUUUUUAAACAAAGCAGUAGUUGACCAAAUUGUUCUUCAAAAAAUUUUUUAAAAAUCCAACUUCAACAAAAACCAAUGCGACUUGUUUCUGGAGAAAGCAAUUACUGUAAACAGAUUUUUUUAUUUUUUAAAGUCUGUGAUCCUACUGAUUUUUGCCUAAAUACAUUAGCAGCUGAUGUACUAUUAAUGAGAACGAAAUAUACGUUAGGAAAAUGGAGCCAAUUCAAUCUGGUGGUUUGGGCAAAACGGGGACAGGCAGGGGAAUUAUUGCAAUUUCUGAAGUAGGUGAUUAUGGCCCUCCUGUAGUGGUAGUUAUCAUAGCAUCAUUUGCAUUUGAAACAGGUAACACACAGUAAUGGAAUUGGGGAUUACCUUCAGGCGAUCACUGAGAUGUCCUCAUCAUGGUCCCUUUAGCUCUCAAAAGCAAUGAAAUCCUCCCGUUCUCAUUUUUACUGCUAUGGCUCUGCUGAUGAACAAUACUGUCUUCACAAAUUCCAUGCAACAAAUUCAGCAAUAACUUUUUGGAUUGAAUUUAGCAACUACUGUAAUUGGAUGCUGAUGUGGACAAAAUAUAUUGAUUUGGGUCUCAUCCCCAAAUGUGAUUGCCACCAGCUCUUUAUAUCGCUGCUGUGGUAUCUUAAACCAGAAGCUUCUUUAAAUUAUGUUGCAAACUGAUCUUUGUUUUUAUGUUAUGUUUUGUUUUGAUUUCUAAGUGAUGAGUUCGAAACACACAGCUUUAAAUGAUUUUUUUUAUUGUGGGAUUUUGGGUACAGUUAAGAAAUAAAAGGGAAUCAUUGUGUUUAAACAUAAGGUAGUUUGUGAAUGUAUUUUUUAAAAUCUAGAGUCAUUGAAACAAAACUCAUAAAAACAAUAUUAAUGCAGUCUUGUUUACAGUAUGUACAGUGACAUAACAUAGACCAUGAGCUUUUUCUGGUGCCAACAAUAAAACACAGACGUUAAACAUCAA